AAAAGAAGAGCAUUCCGACACAAGCGCUCAUGAUAUUGAGAGGUAUUACGUUAGGCGCUGUGCCAACACUCUUGACCACGACGAGAAGCGGAGCCUCAUUAGAGCGAGAGAACCGAAAGCCGUUCGGUUAACAUACCCAGGUCGAUCGCGACAGUCAGCAGUGAAGAAGGGAGCUCAGUGGCGCACCAGUUAUUACUAGAGUACGUCGAUGAACAUAGUUUGACACUCUCAGAAGAACCUACUGUUAAUUAGGCUUCCAACUCGAGCAAGAUCGAUAACGUUAGACUCGCAUUACGACCAACAUGUCUUCAAAGCGCGAUAGUGGUCUCUUUGCUUCUGGUUCGAUCGGUAGACUGCAAGGCACUCAGCUCCAUCGAAAUACCUCUCAUGAGUCAUUAACGGCUCAUCCUCUCUUGUCCCCUACUGCUCCAACUGUACUUGCGUCAUCCGGUUCAUCAAUAUCAUCGACAAACUCAAGUCAUGAUGCAGCUCCAGGCAGCAGCUCGGCCCCUACACCACGAUAUGUACCAUACACACCUAGACAACGGGGCGCGCCUGCAUCUGUAACUACUGGCACGGCAAUGCAAUCAAUUGUACAAGCGUCUCCGCAACAUCACCCGUUUCAGGGAGAUGCGACAAGUAAACUGCAACUCAUGAACUUGAAAGCGGCGGCCCAGAAGGGUGGUCUUGAUGCUGCCAGCAUUGGAUGGGCGAUUUUGGAGAAGCUGGGUACAGAAAUUGAUCAUAGCCCAGAGUGGAAUGAGAUUUGGAAUGCCAUUUCCGUUCACAAGGCUACUCUAUUGCUUCCGCUGGAAGCUCACGCACCAAAUGAAUCGAUAACACCCGAGUUCUUGAGGGAUCACAUAGUGCUAUGUGAUGGUGCUUCCCGUAACAAUGUCCCCAUAAUUACCCUCUCGGGACUGCGAGGCACGCUAAUAGAAGAGACGUUGACCAUCCGUUCCACUCUCGACCCGCUGUCAAAGCAAUUCCAAGCAAUUCUUAAUCCUGCAACGAGGGCGUCCGCACUUACAUCGCUUCCUCCCCUUCCGUUAUUCACACCAGCCAUUCCCCCUGAGGGCGUGUCCUCAAUACCCGUUUCCCCUUCAUCCUCUCCGACAUCCAACAAGACCUUAUCUGGAUCCAAUGUAGUAUACCCAACAUAUAUCCUCCCUUCACAUCACCCUUCACUUCCUCUCCCUCCCCGACCCACUGCACAUGCCGCCUCGCCUUCCAAACCCCCACUUCCGCCGCGUCCCGGUGUGCGUAGUUCAUCCCUGACAGCCUCAGGUACGCCACCGCAUGCAGCCUCUAGACUUUCCAACCCCUUCGCUUCCCUGUUUGGGCGCGCAGCCACCCCACCUCCUCCUCCAAGUCCUACUACCUCUACUACACCUCUUCAAGCUCCUUCUACAGAUGCCUCUGUUCAACCGGUGGACGCGUCCACAGAACAGGUCAUUGGCGUUCCGGCCUUCACGAUGGCAAAGCGCAUCAUUCAUCGAGAUCUUGCCAAGAAUUUGUUGCGAGCUCUGAAUACUGAGAUUCGUUCAGACUUGGGUAUCGCACCAAGCUGGGUGGCCGAACGAAUAGAUGACUUCGUAGCAGAAGUUGGUUUGAUGCCUUUUAUGAAGACGAAAUCGAAGGGUAAGCUUGGCAAGACUGAGGAUACUACUCCUCCCAAUGCUGGAGCCGGUGGUUAUGUCAUUAGCUCUGGACCUGUGUCAGAUGACGGCAUCGAGGGCAUCGGUCAAAGAUUCCAAGAGUUCUACGCUGACCUUGAAGAAGAAUUGACGAGACGGAAGUGGGGACCUGGUCGAAGCUUCGGUCGUGGUAUUGUACAUCAUCUCAACGGAGGUACUUCAUCAUCUGCGGAUAGUGCAAACACGAGUUCAGAUGAGAAAACGGCUGACGUCUUUGAUGAGAAGGAGAAGGAUCCUGAAGAGACGGCCGAAGAUCAGAAGGAGAAGCGAGUGCGUGAGGUCCUGGAAGCUGUUGAGCGAACAAUUUGUUCUGUGUUCUAUGACAGGCUGUUCCUGCAACCUUCGUCUGAUGAUGCCAGUCACGACGAAGCACUUUCUAGCCGAAUAGCAGCAGUCAACCUCCUGGAUCUCACGCUUGCUCACCUUGGUGUGGAAGUUGGUAAUUCUGGUACAGAAGUAGAGGCUGUCGUUCAUGCAUGUGGUGAAACUUUGACCCAACUGGAUACCGCAUGUAGGGCACCCGCGGACAAGGCAUCUAUACUCGUUGCUGCCCAUAAGAUCAUCGUUGAUGGUCUUUCAAGACUUCCUCCGGUCAGGCUCAAGUCUGACGAAGAUGAGAUAUUGGACGAGAAGACACCUAGAGCUGCGUCAUUCGGCAAGAGAAGGUCCGAAGCUGACGAGGAUGCCGCUUCGCCUGAAGUGCCGCGACCGCAAAUUGAUACCAAGACGGCGACACUACUUCCUGAUUCUACUGAAAUGGUCACUUCACCAGACAGCGAUUUUACAUCUACCGAUACAGUGAAAGGGCUAGUCGUGGAUUCAACAACUACCUCUUCAACUGUUGUCACUAUGGCCCGGCAACAUAGUCUGACUGUAGAAGUUCCACUUCGCACGCCCUCGCCCAAACUUACGAUAUCUCCCGCACCUCCAACAACACCUACUCCCGUGUCUGGAGACAUCAUCCUUCCGCUUAUGAUUUUUUCUGUCGUGAAAGCCAAUCCACCGCAUUUGGUUUCUCAUCUUCUAUACACGCAGCGAUUCAGGAACCAAGUUAUAGGAGGCGAAGAAAGUUACUGUCUCAUUAACCUUCUAGCCGUAGCGGAAUUCUUGGAGAACGUGGAUUUAGCUGCACUCGGGCUGGGUGAAAGUGAGAAAACUGUGAUCAGCGCGGCGGAACUCACGCCAAUUCCUCUACGCCAAGCCAUCGGUUCAGAGCAAUCAUCUCCUCGAACUGCCCAACCAAGUCUCCGCGGUCGAGUGGAACAGCAAGUUGAUGCCAUUGCUGGCUCCGCAAAUAAAGUUAUCUCGGGUGUCGUCGACUCCUCUUUUGGAGUUCUUCGUUCUUUCUUGCCUGGUUCUGAGCAGAAUGCUACUGUGGUUUCACCCGAUACGCAGGAAUCGGCACCGUGGAACUCAUCCAGGGCUGGCUUUGGUUUGCUCCGCCGGGACACUGGUUUCUCCAUAGCCAGUCUAACCGCUUCGCUUCCUGGCUCGGUCGGUAAACAAAAGAAAGACGAAGAGUCAGGUCAACAGCUUGUCGAAGUACCUUCGAGGCCCGGAUCCAGUAGAUCAAUACGUGUCGGUGUCGAUGAUGGUACCUCCUCUUCCGAGGCUAGUGAAGAUGAGGAUGAGGAAGAGGAGUCAGAGGAAGAGGAAGAAGAAGAGUAUGAUACCAGAAGUAUCAGGAGUUUCGAAAGUAUGAUGAGCAGCAGAAGCGGUAAGAGUAGAAGGAGGAAACGGAUGGCUGCUGGCCCAGGUGGAGUUGGGCGAAAGAGUCUCACCGACCGACUGGCCAGUAUGCCGGGACUCUCGAGGCUGUCACAGUCCACGCCAAACGAUUCAGCAAAGUCCCCACCGGCCUCGCGGCGGUCUUCCCUCUUACUUCCUCAUCAUCAAUCAAGCGGUCAUUCUACUUCACAGAAUCGCUUUGAUACGCCAAUAUCCUCACGCGGGGCUUCGCCUGUCGCCAUUCGUAUAUCGCCUCCGAAUCCUCGUUUCUUGGAGUGCACCGUGGAUGAUUUAAAGUUGUCUGAAGUGGGUGAGCUCCUCAGGGAAUACAAGCGGUUAGCAGAAGCUGUUCGGGCGAUGGGCGGGUUCCAUGAUGACUGAUUGGUAGUUUUGAUGUGGCAUACUCCUUUAUAUUGCUGUGGGUCUUCAAGUCGGUAAUACUUACGCAGAUUUCUGCAUUCUGUUUCCACAAUACAUCAGCAGUGAUGAUGCUGUGUAUGCUUCUGUGUCAUUAUAGGCCUCAUGAACCAGUGUGUCGGUCGUUGGACUUAAUGAAUUUUGAGUGGAUUUAAUUUCGAAAUUCUUAUAAAUCAAUCAUAAAACG